AUGGCAAGAAAAUCAAAAAGUACCAAAAAAGACAAGCUCCCGAAAAAAGCAAAAAUAGACGAAUCAGCCGUUCAGAAAGAUACCAACACCACAGAAAACAGCAAAGAGAUAGAGGAGCACACGUCUACACAUCCGGUAAACGCGAGCGAAUGCUCCACUAACAUACAGGGAGAUGCAGCACAGGCAGCGGACGGCAACAAAAGCUGUGACAUACACACCAAUACAUCCACAUCAACGCUCGACAAGAGAAAACGUUUCAGAUUUCCGACCGCACGCAUAAAAAGGAUAAUGCAGAGCGAUGAGGACGUGGGCAAGAUUAGUACGUAUGCGCCGGUUGUUUUGGGAAAGGCAACAGAACUAUUUCUUGUUGAAUUGGUGAGUGCAGCGAUGAAACACGCUGAGAAGAAUAAGAGAAAGAUGGAGGUUGAAGAUGUGAUACGUGUGGUUAAAGAAAAUGAGCAGUUUGCGUUUUUAAAGAGCUAUGAAAAUGAGGAAUAGGUUAAAUAAACUGUGCGCUCUGUGUUGUGUAUGGUGAGUUUUGCAUUUUAUGCUUGAAUCUGAAUCUUCAGCAUUUUUGUCAUGUAC